GUUAAGGCUGAGCGCAUUCUGUGAUAUAAAUAUGGGAUGAAACACAUAACAUACAUUCACACUCCAACCUUAGCAUCAUAUACAGCUUUAGAUAUGAAGCUGAUUCUAGUUCUAUCAAUAAUAGCUUAUGGCUAUGCGGAUAAAUUAGAUAAGGGAUACCUGCCUCCUGUAAAUGCAGCAUCAUCAGGUGGCAGCCCAGCAGAAUUAAUUGCUCCAGCUGAUCAAUCUGAGGUUUUCGGGCAAGGGUUGCCCGUUCCAGAAAGUCAACCAGGCUCUUAUAUCCAAGAUAUUGGACAGGAAGUUCUUCAAGCUUACAACCAGGAACGCCCUCAAGCAGCAGCUGAUAGAAAUGCGGAGAUACUAAAGUUUAAUAACGAAAAUAACGGUGAAUCCUAUGCAUAUAAUUAUGAAACAUCUAACGGGAUUUCUGUGGAGGAAUCAGGUGUUGCAUCUAAUGGAGUUAAUGCUCAAGGUGGCUAUGCCUACACUGGGGAUGACGGUAAAUCCUAUUCAGUCACUUAUACGGCAGAUAUAAAUGGCUAUCAACCUCAGGGUGAACAUUUACCUACACCUCACCCUAUCCCAGAAGAAAUAUUAAAGUCCAUAGAAGAAAAUGCUAGGGCUGCUGCUGCCGGUACACAAGAAGGAGCUUACAAUCCUGAGGAGUAUGAUUCCAACGUUUAUUAUCAAACAAAGCCAGAUCAAGAAUCUGAUGGUCCUUUAGAUGUAAUCGAAAGAAACAAAAAUCAAGAAAUAAGCUCCAUAUAUAACAAUCCCCUGGAUUCUCAACAACAAUAUGAAAAAGCAUCUAGUAUAGAUGUAAAUCCAUCAGACCAAAAACGGAAUAAGGAAAGUGGACAAGAUAUUAACCAGAUGUACACUCCAAAUCCUUAUCAAUCCCACCAGACCUCUGGUAUUGGUAUUCAAGGAAACAGUGGUUUUGAAUCUAGUAGUCAGUCACCUAUUCAAGGAAUAGUAGGACAAUUUUUACAAGGAGACGGUUAUCAAUAUAAUCAACCAAAAUUUUCAUUGCAGCCAGUUUUUCCUGGACAAGAUCAAUACAAACCGCAAGUAACUAGCGACAAUGAAAAUAUAUUAUCAUCGUUAAGACCAAGUUUAUCAGGUCCCGCAUUUAAUAGAGAUCAAAAUUUGAAACCUUCAUUUGGAAGCCUUCCCUCGGCUGAACAAACUCCGCAAUAUCAAUCUGGCCAACAAAUUCUUUCAGAAUUUAGGCCGUCCUCUCAAAGCGGACCAAAUGCAUCUCAAAAUAUGAAGGGAUCUCUCCCAAACCAAGACCAACAAAUUCAAACCAAGGAAUCCUCUGGCGAUUUGAAGGAGAGCAAAGGAAAUGGUUAUCAUUACAGUCAACCAAAGCCCGCGUUCAAACCCGCUAAUUCCGAACAAAGCUCGUUAAACCAAUAUCGUCCAGAAUUAUCUGGCCAAAGUGAAAAGAUAUCAUCUUCUUCAAGACCAGGCUUAUCAGGAUCCAUAUAUAAUGGAGAUCAGAAUUUGAAACCUUCAUUUGGAAGCCUUCCCUCAGCUGAACAAUCUCCGCAGUAUCAAUCUGGCCAACAAAUUCUUCCAGAAUUUAGGCCCUCCUCUCAUAGCGGACCAAAUGCAUCUCAAAAUAUGAAGGGAUCUCUCCCAAACCAAGACCAACAAAUCCAAAUCAAGGAAUCAUCUGGCGAUUUGAACGAAAGCAAUGGAAAUGGUUAUCAUUACAAUCAACCAAAGCCCGCGUUCCAACCCGCUAAUUCCGAACAAAGCUCGUUAAACCAAUAUCGUCCAGAAUUAUCUGGCCAAAGUGAAAAGAUAUCAUCUUCUUCAAGACCAGGCUUAUCAGGAUCCAUAUAUAAUGGAGAUCAGAAUUUGAAACCUUCAUUUGGAAGCCUUCCCCCAGCUGAUCAAUCUUCGCAGUAUCAAUCUGGCCAACAAAUUCUUCCAGAAUUUAGGCCCUCCUCUCAUAGCGGACCAAAUGCAUCUCAAAAUAUGAAGGGAUCUCUCCCAAACCAAGACCAACAAAUCCAAAUUAAAGAAUCCUCUGGCGAUUUGAACGAAAGCAAAGGAAAUGGUUAUCAUUACAAUCAACCAAAGCCCGCGUUCCAACCCGCUAAUUCCGGACAAAGCUCCUUUAACCAGUAUCGUCCGGAAUUAUCUGGCCAAAGCGAAAAGAUAUCAUCUUCAGCAAGACCAAGUUUGUCAAUUCCCAUAUUUAAUAGAGAUCAGAAUUUGAAACCCUCAUUUGGAAGUCGUCCCUCAGCUGAUCAAUCUCAAAAGUAUCAAUUCGGCAAACAAAUUCCUUCAGUUUUUAAGCCUUCUUCUUAUAGAACAUCAAACGUUUCUCAAAAUAAAGAAAGUCCUUUCCUCAAUCGAGACCAACGAGUCCAAAUUAAACGACCAUCAAGUGGUUUAAUACAAAACAAAGUAAACGGUUAUCAAUAUAAUCGACCAAAACCUGCCUUUCAGCCAACUAUUUCGGGACAAAAUGUAUUAGGCCGAAAUAGACCUCGAGUAUCUAACGAAGGAAAUAAGAAGCCACUAUUAAGUCAAAACACUUUCACUUCAGUAGUUAGUGGAAAUAACGGAAACAUUAAUCCUUCAUCACAAAACGGACCAAAUGGUUCUCAAAAUAAAGGAUCUUACCCUAUUAAAGUUCUAAAGAACCCAGGCAGUCAGGCAGCUGGCUCUUCACAAGGCAACGGUUCACCUCGCUUCAGUAUUUUGAAUAAAAAUAAACCUUAUUCUGGUUUGCAAAAACCCGGACAAGGUUUCCAAUCGUCUCCUAGUGAAGGACUUGGAAACAAUAAAUUUGGGAAAGGACCUAUUUCUGCUUUAAAACAAGUCGAAGCGCCUUACCACUACAAAAGACCAAGUGUAAGUUUUACCACACAACGUCCAAACUCUUUUUCGCAAACAACACAGAUAAGCAGAGGCAAUCAGGAUAAAAGUGAACAGUUUGCAGGGUCUCGUCCACCACCGAGUUUCAGCGAGGAAGAAGGUUAUAAAUAUUAGAAUUUAAUUAAAAAUAUUUUAGAUAUAGUAAAAUAUUGAUCGGUAUUAUCUUAUCUUGUAUAUUAAAUAGAAGCAUGUAUGGAAAAUCCAAAAAAUACGAUUUUGUACAUUGAUAAUGUAUAGAAUAUGAUUGUUAAUGUCACUAUGUGAUUGAAUAAUGUGUAUAUAAAUAGUGAGAAAAUGAAAACUGUUUAUUUUUACGUCAAAAUUGUUUCCACUCAUCUGACGUUGUUCACUGGAAUUAUAUAAUAUGUAUAAUUUAAAAUUUUAAUACAACAAAACAAAUAACUGUGACACA